AUGGUCCUGGUGGCCUCUUUAGCUGAUGCAACCGGGAGGACACCAGCCGUGCUCCUCGUGCUGUUGCUCUCCGGUUUGUCCUCGGGCUCGGUACUGGACGCAGAUUCAGCUCGCGGCCGUGCGGAGCUGCAGCGCAUGCGCAGCUAUGCGACUUCCUCACGCUAUGGAGACUGCUGGACUCGUGCGCUCCUGCAGCUGGACACGCGCUGUAGAGACAUGACGUCAGAGAAUCAGAGGCGACUGGCGCUCAAGUUUACGCACUGUCACCUGCUCAGCUCAGGUCGUGACUUCCCUGCUUGCCCAGAGGGGUCCGAGGUCAGUCUUUGCACAGCUCACAUGGACGCCGUGGCCUUCAACACAUACACAGAGUUCUUCACUCACACACACUCCAUGUGUCACUAUCUACAGUCUGAGGUCUGGCAGAGUACAGCUGAAAACACCAUCCACAGGUUAACUGAGAGUUCAGCCGGUGUAGCAGAGCAGCUGCUGUCCACUAAACAAAUGGCUGAGGAACUGAUUGAAGCCCAGAGUGCUGCACUCCAGGCUCAGCAGGAAAUCCUGAGCAAUGGGGAGGAACUGAGAGCUACGCUGAGAGACUCCACACAAGGUCUCCAGUCAGUGUUCUCGGAGCUUUCGGUGGUCUCUCAGCAGCAGCAGCUUGCCCUCUCGGAGCUCUUCAACCGUGUGAGUUUUCUGCAGAGUUUCUUGAUGAUGGAGGCCCACAGCAUGAGCUCAUGUCUGUACAACGCUGCAGCUCUGGGGGCGGUCUUUCUACUCACAGCCACCUCCCGCACCUCCAGGGCCAGGCUGCUGCUGAUGGCUCUGGUGUGUGUUAAUUUUUACCUGGAGAGAAAGAUCUAUCAGUUUGUGACCAGCUCAGAUUGCCCAGAGCACCAGCAAAUGGAGGUGGUGGCUUCAUACAUCAGUGUUCUGCGGCGCGUGGUCCUCUGCCUGUCGGUGUUUGUUUUAAUAAUUGUGAUCUGGAGAUACAAAGACCCGCUGCAGCAGAGUCUGUUUGUUCUACAACAGCUGCAGGAGACCCAGCGCAGCCUCCAGGUGGCGCUACAGUUUGCAGAGAACUUGGGAGAAAAACAAAAGAAAUCAGAGGUAUUGGAGCAAGAAAUAAAAACAUGUUCUCAAAUAAGAAAAUGGGAGAGGAUCAAACAAGAAGAGAAGUCUGAGGGGAAAAUGGAGGAUCCAUUGGAAGUAUCCCAGCUCUCACACAUUGGUUGGAGUUCAGAAAGCCUCCUGAGCAGCACGCUCUGUUCUUCUCACAUCACGGUCCUGGAAAACAUCUCCCAAGAUGAGGACACAAUUACCCAUGAUGCCCCAGUGAAGGCCCUUGCUGUGACUCCGAGCAGGCGCCAGAGAAGGUCCUCCACAUCCAGGCGGUGCUCGUCUGGUUCUCCUUUGGUCUACAGCAUCUUGGUGGAGGACAAAUCCACCCGCUACAGUUUGAGAAGUCGUCGAUCGGAGACGCCCAAAUACUUCAACUGA